AUGAGAAUAUUGAAGAUAUUUUUAAUUUUCAUGCAUCUGACUCAAUCAUUUAUCAUAAAAAAGCUAAAUUGGGAGGAGAAAAAAAUUAAUAAAAAAAAAUUUCAAUUGUUUAGAACAAGAUAUUUUAGAAAAUGGAAAUCAAUACCAUAUAUAAGAGAUUCAGGAGAAAAUCAUAUAAAAGAAUUAACAAGAGAAAGAGUUAGAUUAAGUAAACAUACAGCAAAUCCAAUAACAUUAGGUGCAAACUUUUUAUUUAUAUGUAACUUAGAUAAUAGAUUGUCUUCUAAAGAUGUUACUCAUUUUUUUAAUUAUUUUAUUGGAAAUGGCAAUUGUGUAGCAAGAAUUAAAAAAAAUAGGUAUACAGGAAGAAAUAUAGGUCAUGGAAUUCUGAAAUUUAAAAAAGCUAUUGAUGCAACUUUAGUCUUAUUAAAUUAUCAAGGAAUAAAAUUAGGAGAAAAAAAUAUUAUUUUAACUGAAGCCUUUAAAAAUGAACAUUUAAAACAAAAAAAGCAUAUUUGCAAUGUUUUCGAAGUAAAAAAUCAUUAA